AAGAGCAUCAUCAUAAGAACGCAGCCUUGUCCCUCCGCCAGCAUUACCCAAAGUCUUGGCAUCAAUCGUCUUGUCAGCCUCGUGUCCCCCAGUAAAGUUCCCACGCGAUUUGCCAGCACAGAGCAAAUCGUCUACAAUGGCUGAGCAAGGCAAUGAGCAGCAGCCCCUCCUUACGGAUCAGCAUGAUACGGAACAUGAAGAGCAGAGCACACCGCUCCACGCCACCUACCACAAGCGGCGGCGACAAUGUCAAGGUCUGCUCGUCUCGAAGCAGAAGCACUACCUGAUCAUGGCCUUGGUUGCCCUCGACGUCUCCUGCCUGCUGGCUGAUAUCCUCAUCGCCUUGAUCGAUUGUGACAGCAGGAUUCAGGAUGACAAAUGGGUCCCGGACGUUCGUGAGGCCCUCGAACAUGCUGGUCUCGUCUUCUCCUGCCUCUUUCUGGUCGAGUUGCUACUCUGUCUCUGGGCUUUUGGAAUUGAUUAUCUCAAGUCUUGGUUUCACAUAUUUGAUGCCUUGGUCAUCAUCGCCAGCUUCCUCAUCGACAUCCUCACGCGUGGCGUUGUCGAAGAGGUCGGGUCUCUCGUGAUCAUCCUGCGGCUGUGGCGCUUUGUGAAGAUCGUUGAGGAAUUGAGUGUUUCGGCGAGCGAGCAGAUGGAAGAUCUUGAGAUGAAGGUCGAACAGCUGGAAAAGGAGAACGCGGAUCUGAAGGGCGAGUUAAAGAAGUUCAAGGCCUCGGAUGGGGAGGAGUAGGUUGGGAGUUCGAUUUGUGUGGACGGGCAUUUGCCAAAACAGCUGGCUGGUACCCAGCGCCCCCAUCAUUUCAGCGCCAAGAAUACCUCAACACGCCUCGGACCCUGGAUUUUCCCCGAGCAGCAUGCCCAGCUGCCGAUACGAACAGACAGGCAAUUCCCGGCUCGCGCUAUACGCUCGUAUUCACAAAUGUUGUGUAUGCACAAUAGGUUGCAGCAGUGCACCGCUUCUCCACUUUAGUACCCAGACACUCCGAUACUAUUUUUCUCUACCC